AUGGCCGCAGAUGUGUCCAUGGAGAAUGGCACAUCCCUGAGCCCGGCCCCCCAUGCGGACGACAAACCGCCGGCGACGCCCAAUGUGCUCGAGGUCGUGUUCGGCUCGCUGAUGAUCAAGCCAUGGUAUCCGUCCUUCUACCCCGAAGAGCUCGUGGGCCGGAAGGUGGAGCGCCUGUACGUGUGCCAGUGGUGCUUCAAGUACUCCAAGGAGCUCACCGGCUUCAUCAAGCACCUUAGGGCCUGUCCGCUGCGCAGCACCGAGCCGCCCGGCACCCACGUCUACACGUCCAACGGCUACUCGCUGUACGAGAUCGACGGCGAGAAGAACAAGCUCUACGCGCAGAACCUGUGUCUGUUCGCCAAGCUGUUCCUCGACACAAAGUCGGUCUUCUACGACGUCACAACCUUCCUCUACUACCUUCUCGUCGCGCACAGCCCCGCCCCCGCCAUCCCCAACACGCACCUCGACGCCGAUGCGCCGCCCGCGCACAACCAGGUCGUCGGCUUCUUCAGCAAGGAGAAGAUGAGCUGGGACAACAACAACCUCGCCUGCAUCCUGGUCUUCCCGCCGUGGCAGAAGCAGGGCCUGGGCCAGAUCCUGAUGGGCGCGAGCUACGAGAUGAGCAAGCGCGAGGGCCGCAUGGGCGGCCCGGAGAAGCCGCUGUCUGAUCUCGGGUACCUCGCGUACGUGCACUACUGGUCGCAGACGCUGGCGCGUGCGCUGCUUGCGGCGCCCGCGAAGAAGACGCUGACGGUCGCGGAGCUCGGGGAGCGGACCUUCAUUGUGCCCGACGACAUCGUGGCGACGCUGCAGGUCAUGGAUGUGUUGGAGCACAAGAAGCGGGGCGGCGCCGAGGCGGUGGUGAACAAGGCGAAGGUCAGGGCGUGGGUGGAGAAGCAUGGCGUGAGGUUGGAGAGCCCGGUCGAUGCUGACGCGUUCACGUUGAGGGAACGUAGCCGCAGCGAGAGCGAGGAGUAG